GGUUGCUCUGCGGUGGACUCGUUCGGCCUGUUCCCCGGUGUGUGCUCUCCGUUCCCGGGUCUCGCGUCUCUCUGCGCCGUUUCACCGCGAGCUACCGGGCGGAACCUUCACCGACGCGUCUCCCGGAUCUUCGUCCCGUGAGGAAACAUGUCCACCGCGCUGGAGAGCUACAUCAACCGUACAGUGGCCAUCGUCACUUCAGACGGGAGAAUGAUUGUGGGCACCCUGAAGGGCUUCGAUCAGACCAUCAACCUGAUCCUGGACGAGAGCCACGAGCGCGUGUUCAGCUCCGGCCAGGGGGUGGAGCAGGUGGUGCUGGGGCUGUACAUCGUCAGGGGCGACAACGUGGCCGUGAUCGGAGAGAUCGACGAGGAGACGGACUCCAACCUGGAUUUAGGGAACAUCCGAGCCGAGCCGCUCAACUCUGUGGCCCACUGACCUCUGACCCCCCCCUGCUCGCUGUCGCCACGGCGACAGACGAGCUCUCGACUCUCCCGCGUGUCCCGGAGCCGGUUCCACCGACGCAGGUUUUUCAGAGUUUACCAGAUCAGAAUCUGAUGUUUGAAAGCCCGCCGAUAUGUUUGUUUGUAUUGUUUUAUAAAUAAAGAGCGCUAGAGUUGUUAGAGUAACUUUUUUA